UCUAAGCCACAGAAGAUAAAACAUCUGUUUUAUCUUCCGUGUCUAAGAGUUGUUAAUGUGACAAUGACAUUUAAGGUUAUGUUUAUUUACGUACGGGCGAAAGGAAGUUUAUUAGUUAGAAAAUAUAAAUGAGAUGAAAUUCUUUAUUCCCUAGCAAAAAGAAAGAUAUUAGAAAAUCCUUUUAUGGCAGUUUAUUAACAAGAUAAAUUGUUUAAAUGGAGAAUAUUAAGGAGCAACAUUGUAGGCUAUGCCUCAAUGUCAUAAGCGAUGAUCAAUUUGAAGAGAUAGAAGAAGCUACCAGAAAUAUUUUUGACUUUCUUUUAUUAAAUCUGGAUUUUGUUGACUCGAAUAAACACAUAAUAUGUAUCGAUUGUUCACUACAGGUAAAAGAAGCAUACGAAUUUAAGUCGAUGUGCCUCUAUACUGACAACACCAUAAUUCCUCAUGUCGAUUAUGAAACAGGAUGUUCUGUUGACUUAAGAGAGAUUUACGUAAAGGAAACAGAAAACAAACAACUCAUGAAUACAUUAAAUGAUGAUCAUAAAGUUUGUCGGUUAUGUAUGCAGUUAACAAGCAGUGAAUUUAUGUCGGUACAUAAAUUAGAGGUUGAUAUGAUCGAGAAAUAUAUUCCAGAAAUAAAUUUCAGUGUCAUCAAAGAUCCCAUUAUUUGCAAACGGUGCUUUGUUUCCUUCAGUACCCACAGUGGUUUCAUACAGAAAUGCUUAAAAAUAAAAGAAAACGUUAAGAGUGUUCAUGGUACGAAAGUCACUGCCAGUAAGGGCUGGACUUCAUCCUUAGUUUCGCCCGUUAAAGUUGAAGAUAUAAAAAUAAAGUCCGAAUUAUGUGAACAGGAAAAUGAGUUUAUCAAAAUAGGAUCUACUGCACUGAAAUCUGAAGAUGAAGAGAUGUUGAUUAAAACUGAGUCUAUAGAUGUAAAAGCAGAAGCAAAUGAUAAAGAGAGUUACAUAUUUCCGGACAUUUCACCCCAAGAAUUAGAAGACAAGGACAUUCCCAAAUUAGGCAAAGGUCAAUUUGCAUCGGAGCAGUUACCCACAAUGUACAUAUGUGAUAAAUGUAAUUUUCAAAGCAAACACAAGAAGAGUUUCAUAGGUCACCAAAUAGUACACAAGGACCCCUUGUCCGUGCAGUUGUACAAGUGUAAUUUGUGCGAUUUCCAAUCCAAAUAUAACAGUUCUUUUAAGCGUCACAUGUUGAAUCAUGCUAACGGCCCUACCCUUCCAAAAGCGCCAAUGCUCAAGUUUGAUAUACUCAAGUGUGAUUCUUGUGAUUACAAUACGAAAUGUAAGAAGAACCUCAAGCGUCACCAAAUGAAACACGUAAAUCCCUCAGAGGUACAGCUCCACACUUGCGAUCUGUGUGAUUUUAAGUCGAAAUAUAAGGAUAGCAUAAGACUUCAUCAGUUGAAACACGCUGAUUCAUCAGAAGUGCAGAUGUACACCUGUGAGUUGUGUGAUUUUAAGUCUAAAUAUAAAGUCAGUCUUAAGCAUCACCAGUCGAAACACGCCAAUCCCUCAAUAAUGGAUAUGUACCCGUGUGAUCUGUGUGAUUUUAAUGCGAAAUCCAAGAACAAACUCAAACUGCACAAGGCAAAACACGCGGAACUUUCACAGGCGCGGAUGUACGAGUGCAAUGAAUGUAAUUUGAAGUUCAAAUAUGAAGAGUCUUUUUGGCGGCAUCAAUUGAAACACACUAAUCAUCCGCAAUCACCGACGUACAAGUGUGACUCGUGCGUUUUCACGACCAAAAGUAAGAGCGGUUUUAGGUCCCAUAAGUUGCAUCACGCUGACCCCUCGCAGAUACAAACAUACAAGUGUGAUUUAUGUGACUUUCAAACUAAAUAUAAGACCAAUCUUAAAAUCCACCUGACGGGUGUUCACAAAUGCGAUUUGUGCGAUUUUAUAGAGAAACGCAAGUUCGACCUAAAGUCCCACAAGUUGAAACACACAAACCACUCAGAAACGGGAAUUCACAAGUGCGAUUUGUGCGAUUUCGUGGCGAAACGUAAAUUCAACCUUAAAUACCACAAGUUGAAACAUGCCGAUCCUUCGGCAGCGCCUGGGUCCCCCCUAUCGUAACAUGCAGAUUCUGUUUGACAGACUUCUGAGGUCCUCUCUGGAUGAGAAAGUUCAAAGUCAGAGUUUUCUCACUUAAAAAUUGACAAACCUAUAGCUUAUUUAAUUUUUAACAUAUUGUAAAAAUCUAUUUAUAUCAAGGCCUUCUGAAUUAACUAUUUAAUUUAAAAAUGGGGGAUAUUUAAGCUAUAAAGCAUGUCACAUCUUAAAAGUCAAUAUAUAUUGAUGAGAAUAACAAGUUCAAAACCGGUCUGUAUGCGUUGUGGUAAUUCAAUGUUAGUGGAGCUCGUGUUAGCCAUUGAAAUUUUUUUCUCUGCUCGAUGGAGACUGUAUAAAAAAAUAUUUACUUAUUUUGAGUACAACUUCCCGGACAGAUAAAUUCCAAUUGUAGGGCAGGAAAAUACAUAAAUUUAAAUUGAAAUUAGUACCAUAAUAGAAUAUGGACUUACAAACAAUAAUAAAAUAGUAACGAUAAAUAGAAAAAAUGUAUAUGUAUAAAGCGACAACUUUGAAGAAUAAAACGAGGUUCUAAAUACAACUUGAUUUAUUAGCAACGAUCUUUCAAUCACUAUACAGAGUGUGAAUCUUAGAUGAUUAACUAACUGAAUAAUUUAGAACCCAAAUGGUGUUGAUUUAACCAAACUCGCUUAAACGGAAAAUAUCGCAAAAAAGUUACAGGGUGUUUUUCUAUUUUUAUUUUUCGUUUUCUCCUUAACUCAGAACUCGGUUAACCGAGAAAUAGGUAAAGAAUUUUAUUCUACACAAAAAAUGUGUACCUACCAAAAGUUGACAUUAUGCUCGGUUAUGAAGAUAUUACAAAAAAUAUUUAUUAACACAUACCCCAUAUUUUUUGGAAAUGACUAAGUAUCCAUAACAUGAUAAUUUCGAUAAGUCACUGUCAUGUUUGUAUUUUGCAAAAAUUUUGUUUCUGAAAAUGUCUUGUCACAAUGAAUUUACGAAUUAUGAAAUGAGAGACAUGAUAGUGGUAUAUGUACAGGAACAUUUUAGUGGAUGCACUGCUAAGAGAACAUAUGAACAACUUAAAAAUAAAACGGAAGACAAUUUGUGUAUAAGUAAAAAUGUAUAUCUAUUUUAUUGAUUGAGGAUUUUUAUUAAUUAAGGGUAAUAUAUUGAUGAAAUUGGCUAAAGCAAAUUUUUACGUGUCCAAUCAGUAGCUAGAAAUUCCACAUUUUGCUAAUGCAUGAGACUUCAGGUUUAUUACAAAAUAUAUCUAGUUUUGUAAACUUACUUCUAAUAGAUAUAUUGACAACCUUAGAAGUUUCAUGGUGAACUUUUACUGUUAUAUACUAAAAGGAGACGAGUAGUUUCCCUUUAUAUAUUUCUUGUAAAUGUCACAAGAAAUUAUUUUUAUAACCUGUAAAGUUACAAAGCCCGCUAUAUAUGAUACCACAUCUUCUACAUACAGCGAAAGGUCAAACAUGGUUUUUACGUAGUCAUGUUCAAAUAAAGAAAUGACACUUAAUGUACUUGUGUUUGGAUCAGAAACUGGAUCAGCUAUUUUAUUUGAAAAGUAAUACCUAGGGAUAAUUUAUAUCUAAAACCGGCACUGCUUCAAUGUGUUCUAAGACCUUGACUAGCUUUGCAUUGUAUAUUUAAUAAAAUAAGACUUGAUAUUUAGCAUAUGUUAGGAAAUCAAAUUGAAUCUGGUACCUUGAAUCACGAAACACUUACACCCGUAUGCACAGUCGAUCGCCAGUGACUCGCCGAAGUUAUACCUGGCGAAAGAACGGCGCGUAAUUUCUAUUGCAUAGACGUUCGCCCGGCGAUCUACGCUUUGGCGAAUCGCCAGAUGAGUGAUAGUCUCCACUACAGGGGCUUAAACAUGCGCAAUGCUAUUUUACACCGAAUACGUACUGUUCUAACCUGAGUUUGUGCAUGGUAUGGUACUUUGAAAUGUAUUACUUUGAGCAUCUCUGGUAUAUAGUUGUUUGUAUCACAAAAAUUAUUGUCAAAGCAUAAUUAUCGAAAGGGUUGUAACGGUAGUAAAAGACUAAAUAUAAUUUUCCUUUUCGGCGUUAAUAGCAGUUGUUAGUAUAUUAAGCUGUAGUAAUAAAACGUCUCAAGUAAUUUGUUUAUUAGGGUACACUAGGAAUUGGAAAGCCGUAUUUAUGAAAUAUUUAAGUAAUUUUUGUAUUAGGGUAUACUAGAAUAGUUUUUUCAAUUACAUGACUAACAGUGAUCAGAUUGUAUACUCUUAAGACUCCACAUAUUAUCUACAAAUAAUUAUAAUAGGUACAUCAACGUAUAUCUUGUUUAAAAUAUUUCAAAGUACAAUCUGUUUUACUUUACAAUUUACAACAACGAUUACAAUUUCAAUAUACACCAUGACUUACAAACGGUGACCAAAAAUGAAACCUAGUAUUCUUUGGUGAAUUUUAAGGGGUCUUUCGUUUUUAUCUAGGACGCU